AUGAAAAAUUUUGAAUCCUUUUUAUUUGAAAAAAUAACAAUUCCAAAUAUAAAUACUUUUAUAAUAUUAGACAUUAUAAUUAAAAUAUUGAAAAGUAGAAAAAAUAAGAAAGUGAAAAUAAAAAAAGCCUUAUAUUUAACAAAUAAAACUCUAACGGAUACUUUUCCUCCAGAUUUUAAUUUUAUUUUGAAUUUUCUAAAUUCUUCAUUAGAAAAUGAUGGAAAAUGGAGCAUUAAAAAAAUAAAAAGUUAUAAAAAACUAGUAGAUAAAGAAAAUAAAAAUUAUUUCAAUUUUAAAGUUAAUUCCAACAUGAAUAUAGGAGAGUUAAAGAGUAUACUAAAAAAAAUACACAUAAAAUAUAUUGAUAAAGAAAUAUAUUUAAUGAAACUUUUGUAUAAGUUAAAUGAACAUAAAAAGUAUAAUUUAAUAGCAAUUAAUUUAGCUUUUUUUUUUGUUAAAAAUGAAGAAAAAAUUAAAAUAUUUCUUGAGAAUAUAUUUCCUGAAUGUAAAAUAAAUGAUAAUAGAAGCUUGAAUAACACUAAUGAAUUAAUUAUUAUUAAUAAAAAUUAUUCAAUUACACAAAUUGAAAAUGAAAUAUGUGAUAAUAUAUUUUACAAAAACAUUUUAAAUAUAUAUUUUCAUUAUUCUUUUUUUAUUAAUUUCUUUGAAUAUUUAAAUAAUUUGGAUGAUUUUUCAGUUAUUUUCAAUUCAGAUGGAAAUGAAAAAAAAGAGAAUUUAGGUGGCGUGACCUUAAAAGAAGGAUUAGAAAAAAAUAUAAAUUUUUAUGAAAAAUUGGAAAAUAAAAGAAAAAAUAAAAGAAGAAAAAGAAAUUAUGUAGAAACAUCUUCUGAAGCAAAACAAAGUAAGAAUGAAUUUAAUGAAGAAUUUUUUGAUAAAAAGAUAAAAUUUGAAAAUUUGGAAAAGCAUGAAUAUAAUGAUAGCAUAAGUAACAUAAAUAAUUAUCAUAAAAACCAUAUAAAUUCCUUAAAUAAUCAGUAUCAUAGUUCAAUAAAGGAGAAUAGUAAUCCUUCAAAAUAUGAUUACGAAAAUUCUUUAAAAUAUAAUUCUGAUAAUUCUCUAAAAUAUAAUUCUGAUAAGUCAUUAAAAGAUAGUUCUGAUAAUUCUUUAAAGAAAAAGAAAAAAUUGAAAAAUAAUUUAUAUGUCUUUGAUAUUAUUCCUACUUCAGAAACAUAUAAAAGAAUGUACUUUAAUAUUUUAUCAAUGAACUUUAACUAUACAUAUUUAAUUUCCUGUAAAUUUUAA